AUGGAUACGACACCAGAGGAAGCAGCUCAAUUAGUGGCACUGCUGCUGAACGGACUUUGGCAGUAUCAAGUUGCUGCACGCUUAAAAAUAAGCCGUUUCCGGGUGCGACGAGUCUUGCUGCGGUUCCUGGAGACUGGUGGCUACAUCAGGAGGCCUGGGUCUGGGAGAAGACGCUGCACCACCGCUACAGACGACCGGUACAUUGUAUCGGGCUCUUUGCAGAACCGCUUCCUGACUGCUGCUGAGCUGCAGAUACUGCUUAGAGCAGCUCGAAGAACUGCAGUGAGCAUCUCCACAAUCAGAAGAAGAUUGCGGGAGAAGAAACUGUUACCCCGAAGAGCUGCCACGGGCCCCCAAUGGAAGCCACAGCAUCGAAUUGCCAGAAGGCAAUAG